AUGUACAGUGAAUUAACAGAAGCGGCAACAUCAUACCAUGCAAAACAACUUCCAGCUGUAAGAAAAGCAUCUUUUAAAGUGCUACAAGCGAUAAUUGGAAGCGCAGCGGGAGAAGAACAAUUCUAUGAUUUUACUCAAUCUCAAGAAGAUGCACUCUGGGAUGUACGGGAAGCAUUUGUUUCACUGCGUGAAGCAAGGGAUACGAAUGAUGAAUUAGAACAUGAAAGAUUAGCAUUUGAACUCAUCGGAAUGCUCGACCAAGCAAUAGCAAACCACAAAGAAUCGUUCCCCCUUCUCCAAAAAUCCGAAACACUCCGAGGAGGCGAAAAAUUUCACGAUCGUCGCGCUACUCUUUUUCGCUGGAAUAUUGGAACAAGAAGACUCCUCAAUGAUUUAUUUACAUUGAUAGAAGAAGUCCCAAACAAACAAGGAGAUAUCAAAACUACUUUCCAAAAACUUACUUAUCUCCUCUGUAAACUCGAAUAUGUCCGAUUACAAAUAUUCCCACCGACAUCUACAUGGGAUUUCCAAGUCGAGAAUUCCCCCGAAGGAAUCAGAGAAUUAAAACGAUGGCCUGAUAAAUUCUUCUCGGAAGAACGAGCAGAGAUUAACUUCAUGGCUUCUCUCUGGAGCGCGGCCGAAAAUUUCGAUCCUGUACAAUGUCAGGAUUUGGCGGAAGGAAGAAUCAAAACUAAUCGUGUAUGA